ACCGACGACAACUCUUCCCUAAUGUCGCUCUCGUUGAUUUGAUCAAAUUCAUUUUCUCAAAUAGUAGGUUUUUUUUAUUCCCAUGAUCAACAAACAGUUUCAAAAUAGACUUUAAUUUGCUGAUCAAACCAGAAAUUUCUAGAUAUCUCCUUUCCUUAAAAACAAGUUCUCAUCCUUAAGAGUUAGAACUCUUUGUCAAACAUUCAUCGCUUUGAAUCAUGGAGCUCAACAAUCGAGAAAAUCAUCAAUACGAAGAAUCAUCAGAGUGGUUCGUAAAAUAUCUAAAUCGCCAAAGUGAUUGGUUAGAGAAAACCAGAGGAAAUCUAAUGGUUGCCGCGACGGUUAUAGCUGGUAUGAGUUUUCAAGUUAUGGUUAAUCCUCCUGGAGGUGUAUGGCAAAGUGACAAUUGUUCUUCCGGAAAUCAAACCGGAACCAUACCGGAUUGUAAAGGGAAAGCGGGAACUGCGGUAUUUGAGCACGAGAGUUCAAAGCGUUUUGCCUAUCUUGGUAUGGUUAUUAGCAGUACAGUCUCGUUUUCUGCCUCAAUGAGUCUGAUUCUCCUUGUCAUCAGCGGUUUACGACUAAGGUACCAAUAAGUGCAACUUCAUAACAAGGCAUGUUUACUUGCUUAGUAUGUAAAUUAUAAUAACUUUUCUAUAAAUAUUAAGUUUGGAAUUUGAAUGUAUCUUUUCUGUCUUACAAGAUAUUACUGAAAAGUGAGAACAAAGAUAGUCAUGCAAA